UGUUCAAUGAAAAGCGUGUGAAAGGAGCAGACGGGCCUCCACGUCCAACAGAAACAGGAGUUUUGCCAUGUUCCAUUCUUCCGUGUGUCCAGUAUUUCCAUUUUGCUCUACUGAUCCCAUGUGCGGAAAUUUUUUACUCGCGUACGAAGGCAAAUAAACGUUUUGUCUCGUCCGUCAUUACGUUGACGUCAUUGUUUUGCGCGAGUGGAUGUAUGUCUAUGAAAGCCGUGCUUCCUGAUUAGUGAGGGUGUGUGUUUUUAUCGUAGAACAUCCCGACCACACGUACGUAAAGCUCGUGAGGUGGCUUGUGCACACGUUGGUGAUUUAAUAUCAGUGAAAUACUGUGUGUGUGCGAGAACUCUCUGGAUUACCUACCGUGUGAUGUACCUACCUCAGCCAGAUAAGCUUGUCACGUGAAAGACUGAACUUUGACACGCUCUCCAUUGUCGAUACCAGGCGUUUUAUCAGACAUUUAACUAUUUAUCAUAGACAAGGUAUUUGUCCCUAAAUCACUCGCACGUUACGUCAUUGAAUGGUUGAACAACAAUGCCGCUGUCUUCCAAAGUGCGUUUAUAUUUGUUUUAAUAAUUUCGGUUCAGUUUAGCCUACAUCAACGAUCUGGUGAGCUGGGUUGUCCGUCAUCUUCACUGUUCAGAUAACCAUCGUGGUUUUGAUGGGUCAGUUUGAUAAACGGGUUAAAUAAUUUAGUGUUGGAGAAAUUUUGUAAUACAUGAUAUUAUAGUUUUUACGUGUGUGAGUAAACACACGUACUUGUUAGAAUCAGGGUUAAGUCUUAGCCUAGUGUCUUAGAAAUAGCUCAAGAUCCGCAGUUUCGUCCAUGUAAACCUUUUAUACUACUACUUAAUACGUAUAAUCAAGAGUAAUGGAUUGGCUCUUUUCUGUAGGACACUUAAUUUUAUAUUCAUAGCAAUUAGAUAAAAGAAAAUGGAAACGGUUGCGGUUUUUCAUGAAAAACAACUACAUUGACAACGUCAUUAAAAGUGGAGUCACCGAAGUGACAGCUACUCUGUAGUUAACUGUUCGUGAUUUUUAUCUUUUUUCAAAUAUAUAAGCCGUUUAUUGAAGAACCUACUAGACAGUCACUGGGCAACACUUGUGAUAUACUAGACAGUCGCUGGGCAACACUUGUGAUAUUCCAAACGGUCGCUGGGUAAUAUUUUUGAUAUUUCAAACGGUUGCUAGGUGACCGUUUCUUAGCAAAAAUUAUUGGAAUGUCGGAGACAAACAGCAGGCUGUUGUCCCCAUCCUCCAGUAGUGCUAGUAUUUGCGAUACAAGCACCUCUGAGCCAGUCACUAAAUCCAAUUUGGUAUCCGAUGAUGGAGAGAUUCAAUGGGGAGAAGACGCGGACUGGAUUAUGUUGUUUGAUAAUAUGAUAAAACUGACAACUCAAAGUCCAAGCGCUCAGAGACGAUCUUGUGGAUGUAAAGGUAGUCUGAAAGGAGACGAUGACACAGACAGUAGGUCACAGCAAUCUGACAGCAGUGAUGUUGACUCGUCCUCCAAAUCAUCAGCCAAACGAGCCAGUAGUGCCCCACCUCCAAGAAAGACAAUGUUAUCAACCCCAAAACGCACUUCCACUUUGCAGCAAAAACGCAGCCCAAAGAAUGGUUCGGAAAAAUAUACAGUCUCUGCUGGAGUUCCAGCUGGAGCAGCUGAUGAAGAAAUGUUCAUGAAAGCAUUUGAAGAUGUGCCUAGGGUGCAGUUGUUCUCUGGACGAGAAUUGGAGAAUCAGCUUGGAAAAAUAAAAGAAACAUUGUCUAAUCCCAACAAUGAGUGGGGAAAACGUAUUGAAGCAAUGAAAAAGCUUCGAAGUUUCAUUAUUGCUGGUGCAACUGAAUAUGAAGAGCUAUAUCUUAGCCUCCGUCAGUUAGAAGUACCAUUUCAGAUUUCAGUGAAAGACCUUCGUUCACAAGUUGUUCGUGAAGCCUGUAUUACAAUAGCAUUCCUUUCUCAGCAGAUGGGUAGUAAACUUGAUCAUUUUUCAGAAGCUGUUUUGCAAACCUUGAUCAGUCUCAUUCCUAAUAGUGCCAAAAUCAUGUCUACAGCCGGUAUAGUUGCAAUUCGCUUCAUUAUACAGCAUACUCAUUGCUCAAGACUGAUCCCUAUUAUCACCUCUAAUUUAGCCUCCAAAUCUAAAGAAAUCAGAAAAGUUUGCAUUGAAUUUCUAGACCAGCUACUUCACACAUGGCCCACCCAUACUUUAGAGAAACACAUUGCUAUUUUACAAGAAGCUAUUAGGAAGGGAUUAAGUGAUGCUGAUCCUGAGGCAAGGGUAUGCUCAAGAAAGACCUUCUGGGGUUUUGCAGACCAUUUUAGGGAACAAGCAGACAGCCUUCUCAGCUCUUUAGAUAGUAACAAACAACGCAUGCUUCAAGAUGGUGGUUUAUCUUUGACUUAUUCAUCUAGUAACAAUUCCUUGAGUGGCGCCAGUAAAUGUGGAAACGUCCGUGUUGGUAGCCCUAGCGCUACUGGCUCUGUAGAGAAUCUCAGUCAAACACCAGCAGUCAGCUCAAGCAGAAGAUCUGGCAUUCCAAUCUCUAAUGCUCCACAAUGUGAUCCAACAAGCAGUCGUUCAGGGUCUCCAUCCUCCAGGCUUAGUUACAACACUUAUCAAGAUAUUGGUUCAUCUGGCCGAGUACGGAGAAAGUCUGGAAUUCCACUGACCACAGGUACAAGCAGAGAAACGAGUCCUGCUCGAUCGCUUCAUGGAGGUCAUGAACGAAGACCAAGUGGAAGUUAUCGAUCACGUCCAUUUAUAGGUGCAGGAGAGAGAUUUCAUCCUACCACAAUCACAACUUCAGCUCCUGUUAUGGCAGAAAAAAUUCUUCAGCAAAGUAAAGAGGCAGAAGCUGCAAUGGCCGAUGCUUUAGUGAGUGAUGGAUUCAGCUUUGACCCUUGCCUUAAGUCACCUAGACGAAGAUUUAAUGCUUUUGAUGACCAGUCAGAUGAAAGUGAAACCUCCAGUGCUUCUUCAGAUCGAUCAUUUGGCUCUUAUGGAGGACGUCACUUAGAUGACAUGCCUGAAAUAAUCCAUAACCUAGGAUCAAUUCAUUGGUCUGAAAGAAAGGAGGGUCUUUUGGGACUGUGUGCCCUGCUUCGUUCAUCACGUAUGCUUUCCCCUGGGGAACUUAAACGAGUUACAGAUACUUUCACCAAAAUGUUCAUGGACCCUCACACAAAGGUGUUUACUUUAUUUCUGGAUACUCUAAAUGAACUGAUUUGUGUUCACCAUAUGGAUCUUUAUGGUUGGUUGUAUGUUCUUUUGACACGUCUUUUCAUCAAGUCCGGUACAGACAUUGUAACUUCUGUGCAGACAAAAAUAAAAAAAACUUUGGAUUUGAUUAGGGACUGUUUUGCAAGUGACAAAUUAUUCCAUGUUAUCAUCCGUUUUUUAAAUGAUCCUACCCAAACAUCCAAUAACAAGACCAAACUGACCAUGCUACAAUACCUACAUUCAGUACUAAAAGUAAUGGACCCAAGUGAAUUUUCUGGGUCCAACAGUGAAACCAAACAGGCUAUUACUAAGGUCAUCUCCUGGACUGCUGACCCCAAGAGUAGUGACUUAAGAAGGUUUUCUCAAGAUGUUAUCAUGGGCUUAUUUAACGUGAACACACCUGAAUUUUCAAUGUUAUUAAAUCAACUACCGAAGAGUUACCAGGAUAGUGCAUUCAAGCUUCUUAGUUCGAGAAGACGUAGUAGCACAGACAGUAAUAUUUCCUUUGGAAUGAGAAACCCUCCCAGUCCAGUAACGUCAAACCUUCAUUCGUCCAGUGCAACAUCAAGUCGGUCAGAAACGCCACAGGACCACUCACUCGAGUAUGAUGACACUGAAAAUUUAAAUUCUGAAGAAAUAUUUAACUCACUAAAGAUGACCUCAGCAGAAAUUCAGAAAUACAGUGUGAAUACAUAUGAGAAGGAAUAUAAUUGCAAAGAUGAAAGACAAAAAUCGAAAGAUAAUGUAAUGAGAGAUUCAGGCCCUCAAGAAUCGGGUAAUAGCCACUCUUCAUCUCCAGAUGGCAGACAAGAUUCAGUGCAUGAACGCUUGAAGCUCCUCAGAAUUCAAUCCCCCAAAUAUUCUCCAAAUUACUAUAAAGAACAGGAUAGAGAGAAUGGUAUAGACAGAGAUGCUCAUUCAGAACCUUGCUUUGAUCAGAGGGAACUUGAAGAUGACUCUGUUUUUGGUGACAUUGUUGCAGAACUCAACAAUCAUAACACCAGGAAUGAACCCAGAAAACACGCACUUACAAGACUGAUAUACUUAGUGAAAGAAGACCAUCCAGGGUGGGAAGACCACUUUAGAAAUAUUCUUCGACUCUUGAUUGCAACAAUGGCAGAUGCAGAUGGCUCAAUUCGAACUCUUGCUUUGAAAACACUUUGCGAACUCCUGAAAAUGCAAGCACGACGAUUCCACGGUUAUGGAGAAUUAACAAUUCUAAAGAUCCUCGAUGCUCAUAAGGACUCUGAAAAAGAAGUUCAGAGACAGCUGAAAUGUGUUCAGAGGCGGCAGCUACAGUCUUGCCAGCAGAGUUGUUUGGUUGAGCAGCAGCAGAAAAAUAUCGUCUUGCAACUGUUACCUGAUAUGAUGCCUGCACUUGUCCAGGCGUAUGACAACACAGAAAGUUCUGUGAGAAAGGCAGCCGUUUUUUGUAUGGUAGCUAUACACAGCGUAGUGGGUGAUUCAAUGAAGACAUAUCUAUCGUCACUUAAUGGAAGUAAGAUGAAACUGCUAAAUUUGUACAUCAAACGUCAUCAAAGUAGUGGCAGCAGCACUCCAGGAUCUCCUGCUUCCUCGGCCACCUUCCAGUAGAUACUUAAUAUUAUACAUUUUUUUUCUCCUCCAGUCUUAAGCUUCAUUGUUUGUUCUAUGCAUCUGUGAUUUUUAAGAAAGGGUGCAAAAGUCACCAAAGUGGUCGUAUAUGUAUAUAAAUUUUGGUUUUUUCUUCCUCUUCUUGUAAAUUAUGUAAUGGAAAAAUCUAAACAGUUAAUACAAAUAUUGCAUGCCAGUUUCAAAGUGAAUGGACUUGUGUAUUAUUUUUAAUAUCAAGAAUAUUUUCAUUUGUCAAAAACGUUCAGUCAUUCCAUUGUUAUUAUAAGGCCUUACUAUUAAAUUGUGACAAGAGAUGUUAGUGACUGGGAAUUUUGUAUUUUGUUUACAUUUCAACAUUAUGUAAUUAACUGGAGAAUAUAAGUUAAUGAACCUAAAGAUUUUUUUAAAUAUUGUUUCAUGCUUUUAAAUUUAUUUUUUAACUUAAUAUGUUGAUUAUAUUGUACAUUUAAUUGUUUAUUGAAAGCUUUUUAAUGUGAUAUUGUAACAUGCAGUAAAGCAUUUUUGCUUAUUCUAAACCUACUUAUUAAACAGAAAUAACUUCAUAUCCUAUAUUUAUUAGGUAAUUAUGAAUCUUUUACCUUAAUCAGUAAUAUAAAGUUAGAAGAGUUGAUGGAAUCAAUUUUAUGGGGAAUGACUUAUUUUUUCUUUUAUAAAUACUAAAAGUCAGCUGAGACUUAAUUUUUACACAUCAAAAUUUAAAAAUUAAUUAAUGUUACAUUGAUUAUAUAAUUAAAUUUUUUGACAAUACACAUUCGUUAAAAAAUUAAAACUAAUCUACAUAAAUGUUUUUGAGCUAUAAUAUUUUAUCUAGUAUUAUGUUCCUAAAAUAAACAUAUUCUGUGUUGAUUAGUCAUACAUCCAGAGACACAUUGAUAUAUGGUUUUAACAUAAGUUCUUUUGGUGACAGCAUUUUAAUCACAAAAUUAAAAUAAUAUUAAGUCCCCUGUCUAAUUCGUGAAACAAAUUCUAAUAUAUAUAUAUAUAUAUAUAAGUUAUUAUUUCAAAAAGUUGUACUUAUUAAUUAAUGAAAUGGUCAUGCAGUUGUUGAUGUCAUUGGUCGUAAUGUUAAGAUGUUCAUGCAUUUUUUUGUGUUAUUUCCAUUAGCAGAUUCUCCUAAGAAAUCAAUACUUUCAUCUAGCAAUUAUCUAGUAAUAUAUUCUAAUGAGUAUUUGGAAUUUAAAUAGAUAUUUUUAAUUUUAUUAAUUCUUUCUCUAUUAAUCAUGAUCCUCUUGAGUAAAUACAAUCAUUUCAUCAUUAACAUGCAUAAUACUCAUUAAAAUCCAGCUAAUAAUGAAUGAUUAAUUGCAAAAAAAGCAUAUUAAAAUACUUUUGGUUUAAUUCAUAUUCAUGAAGUGAUUUUAUGUAGACUGUUUUAAUUACGUCUAAAGCUUAAAUGAUUGUUUGACACACUGAUGUUAGUACCUAAAUGAGAUAUUGCUGCUAGUGUAAAUCCUUAAAUAAAGUAGAUUUUAUCAUCUUACUGGAUUAAUAUGUAAACAUCAUGCACGUUUACAAUGGGUGUAUGAAACACCGAGAGAUUACUGAACUUUCUAAACAAGUGAGAAAUAGUGUCUUUGUAUAGUUCAAAAAUUAACCGUUUACAUCCAUAUACAGUUUGAAAAUGUGUUUUAUUUUAUCAUAUACUUAUGUGAAAGAGAUACAAAAAAUACACGUGUGGCUUUUCACAAUAUCAUUUGAAAAUUAAACGAAUUAAAUGUUGAAAUAAUUAGGAGAGCUUUCUUUCCUCAAAUAAAUACAUUUUGAUGGAGAAGAAAACUCUACUUGGAUAGGAAGAGAAGGUUUAGCUCAAGCACAUUUUGUCAUGUAUAUUAUUUGAAAUAUUAAACAUAGGUUUGUUUAUAGUGCACAAGAGAAGUUAAAACCUUAUUAACUCCUCAGUGGCUCAGUAAUAAAUCUACAGGCUUACAACACUAUGAAUCUGGUUUCGAUACAUUUGGUGGGCAGAGCA